AUGGAAGCCACCUUUGACUUCAGUUCACCUGUAUCCACGGGAACUACUAUUAUCGGAGUUACCUACAACGGCGGAGUUGUGCUCGGAGCAGAUUCACGGACCAGCACUGGUCUGUACAUCGCCAACAGGGCUUCUGACAAAAUUACACAAUUGCCAGACAACGUGUACAUUUGUCGCUCUGGAUCGGCAGCCGAUUCGCAGAUUAUCUCGGAUUAUGUUCGAUUGUAUCUUGAUCAACACACAAUACAACUCUGCCAACCUGCAACGGUCAAAGUCACGGCGAAUUCUCGAUCACUCAUUGAACAACCUUUCAGCAUUGGAGGUUCCGGGUCGACGUACUUGUAUGGUUUUUUCGACAAAGAAUGGAAAGAAGGGAUGAAUCAACGAGAAGCUGAGGUAGUGGUUGUCAAAGUAGUCUCUCUUGCAAUUGCUAGAGAUGGCGCUAGUGGUGGGAUCGUGGGACUGUGA